AUGGCCGAGCCGGACGAACUCUUCACGCUCAAGAACCAGCUCUGGGUGGGCAACUACCAGAACGCGCUGAGCGAGGGCGGCAUGCUGAACCACCUGGGCGAGGCGCUGCGCCACGAGCGCGACGUGUACGUGUACCGCGCGCAGCUCGCGCUGGGCAACUUCCCUCUCGUGCUGCAGAGCAUCCCGGACGCCGGCAACACGCCCAUCGCGCUGAGCGCCGUGAAGCUCUGGGCCACGUACCUCAGCGGCCAGGGCGACCGCGAGAUGAUCGACCUGACGCUCCAGGAGUGGCUGGCCGACCCCACGAGCGGCGAGAACGCGCACCUGCUGCUCGUGGCCGGCCAGAUCUUCGCGCGCGAGGGCAAGCUCUCGGACGCGCUCUCGGCGCUCACGCGCGGCGGCUCGCUCGAGCACAUGCUGUACAUUGUGCACCUGUACCUGCAGAUGGACCGCCUGGACCUGGCCAACAAGACGGUGCAGGAGAUGAAGCGCAUCGAGGAGGACUCGACGCUCACGCAGCUGGCGCAGGCCUGGUGCUUCACGCUGCAGGGCGGCGACAAGGCCGACGAGGCCACGCUGCACUUCCAGGAGCUGGCCGACAGGUUCGGCUCCACGCCGCUGCUGCUCAACGGCGCGGCGGCCGCCUUCAUGGCGCUCAAGAACCACGUCGAGGCCGAGCGGCUGCUGCUCGAGGCCGUCCAGAAGGACCCGAGCAACGAGGACACGCUCGUCAACCUGAUCGCUGUGAGCGCUCACCUGAACAAGCCCACGCACCAGUACAUCAUGCAGCUGCAGCAGGUGGCGCCGGCCAGCUCGUGGCUCGAGAACUACGUCAUGCUGGACCGGGGUUUCUCCGAGAUGGCAGCCACCUUUGCGUAG